AUUGCGCAGUGUUUGACCGUCUGAGCAACUUUCUGGAUGGUUUGUUCGAGUUUUACUUGUACUUAUGGAUGUAUCUGGUCAAGAUGCAAGCAAUCACCGUACUGAUUCUUCUGAAGGACCUGUAACUGUCGCGCAGGCAAAAUAUGAUCCGUUUUUUACUCGAAACCUAAGAGUUAUUGAGGAUUUGCUAAUUGAUGAAAGACGAUACCACAGCACUCCUGGAUAUUGCGUUUCACAAUCUCCUGCAAGAACGAUAUGGAUGAGACGAUCCCUUCUCAAUUGGCUUCGAGAUAUCUGCAUUCAUCGAGGGACUGAUGGUGAAGUCCUUGCACAUACUGCACAGUUGAUUGACCGUUAUAUGCACAUAGUACCAACGGAACAAAAUGAGUAUCAGCUUGUGGGUGCGACGUGCUUCUUCAUAUCCAGCAAACUGAAAGAAACUAUACCUAUAGCUUUAAGAAAAGUCACAGAAUAUACAGCUAAUUCAUUAACAGAACAAGAUGUUUUAGCCAAAGAACUUACUGUGUGUAUAUCACUCAUGUGGGAUUUAACAUGCAUUACUCCAGUAGAUUUUGUCGCUCCUGUGGUAGAAUUCCUCGAGUUCGUACCUAGUUUACGUCAAAUAAUACGCCAGGCUGCACUUUGUAUAUACAUUAAAGCCUUUCAUGUUGAAGAGAUCAAUACUUACAUGCCUAGCUACAUAGCAGCUGCGUGUAUACUUUAUGCUUUGAAUCUAACUGUUCAUCAAGAUUUAAGUGAUACUGCUAUCAGAUCAGUCACUCGCAUUCAACGAAUUUUGAGGCUUGAAGCACGUAAAAUGCGUGAGGCCUAUCAGAUCCUGCAAGCUUGCUUUGAACCUGGAACUGUGCAACUGUCAAAUGCUGUGCUAGAAGGUGAUUUAGAACCCCCUGACAGUCCCGUGCGUGAAGUACCAGUUCACCUUGUUCAUCAAUUACAUCCUUCUACCACAACACCGGUUAAUACAACUGUACUACUUCCGAUAGCAAAUAGUAUGUAUAUCCCUCCUCAUCUUGACUCGUCUAAUCAAUCUCUGCUGACUUCUGUUGAUAUUCCUUCUCUAUCUACCUCCAUGGUUUUUGUAAAUAACAGCGUUAACUUCGACCGUAGUUGUAAACCCACAACAUCCGCUUCUCUUUCAGCAUGUUCUACCUCAUCCCCACCUUCAGAAGCCGAAAAUAUGGGAUUAACUGAUCUUGAGAAUGAACAUUCCCGAUGUGCUUAUAAUAAUAGAUCAAGGUUAUCUAUGCCGUUAAUUCAUUAUUCUCAUUCUACCCAAUUUUGUCAUAAUUCUAACGUAUCAGCUACUGAUAAAUUAAGUGAACGAAAACUGAUACCAUUAGUUUGGGAAAAUUCAGUUUCAAAUAGAACGAAUCAGUAUAAGUAAAUUUCAUAUAUCUGUUAUUGUAUUUCACUUGUUCUUCUAAACGAUUGGUCAGUUGUAUUUAAUAAUUUCCUUACUUGUAUUUCUUUGUAUUUCAUUUUUAUGGGACAAUUGCUUGCUACUUUUGUAACCUUUAAUCUAAAUCAGUUUUCCUGAAAUAUAUUAUCAUUUUCGCUUAACUUAAUUCCGCAAACGCUGACACAAGUUGUCCACCCCAUAUGUGUUUCAUAUAAAAGCUC